AGACAUAUAUCAAAGAAAAUCUAAUAGCCUACUGCCUUUUUCACGUCACACAGGGUGUAAUAAAAUCGUAGGCAACGCUGAACCAUAUAGAUUCCAGCACCUAUAAAAAAAGUAGCUUUUGACAUAUUGAAACAUCAGUGACUGUCUGUAUAUUGCCUUGUUCGUAGCGAAUGUGUGGACGCCUUAUUAUAACAUGUUUCGUUCUUGAAAUAUGCAAGGCCGCUUUAAUAUUUUAGAAUUUCAUGUCUAUAAAAUCUUUUUACCAAUUAUGAAAUUUAUAUUUACAGUAUCAUAAUUUGAUUUAUAUCUUAUUUAAUUUGGAAAUCAUGGCAGCAUCACUUGGAAAUCUUGCAAGACAUACCCAGCGAUUUUGUGCAACUCCGAGCAUAACCCGUUGCAUUCAUGGAAGCAAUAAUCUUCAGCGCCAUCAUGAGGGAAAAGUCAAAGUUACUAUGGUACCUGGGGACGGUAUUGGACCAGAAUUAAUGAUCGCAGUAAAGGAAGUUUUUAAAGCAGCUGCAAUUCCGGUAGAAUUUGAGGAGUUUUGGGUGAGUGAAAUUAUGGACCGAGCUUCUGAAGAUACAAUACAGCAGGUUACAGAAUCUGUUUUGAGAAAUGGAGUCGCUUUAUUAGGCGAUAUUUCUUCUAGAUUGAGUGCCAUGGGUGGAGAACUGGCGUCAACGAAAUUCAUUCUUCGCCAGCGUCUUGAUUUGUAUGCAAAUGUGGUUCGAGCGAAGAGUUUCGAAGGUUACAAGACCCGGCAUAACAAUAUGGAUCUAGUGAUUAUUCGUGAGCAAACCGAGGGAGAGUACAGCGCUCUUGAACAUGAAAGUGUCCCAGGAGUUAUUGAAUCGAUGAAAAUAAUUACACGAGAAAAAUCAAAACGUAUUGCAAGAUUUGCUUUCGAUUACGCAACAAAACAUGACCGGAAAAAGGUAACCGCAGUACAUAAAGCAAAUAUUAUGAAAUUAGGUGAUGGAAUGUUUCUGGAAUCCUGUCGAGAAGUCUCUAAAUUAUAUCCCAAAAUUACCUUUGAAGCGAUGAUUGUUGAUAAUACAUGUAUGCAGCUUGUGUCAAAUCCUAAUCAAUUUGAUGUUAUGGUUAUGCCUAACCUUUAUGGUAAUAUUAUUGAUAAUUUGGCUGCUGGUUUGGUGGGCGGGGCAGGGGUUGUCCCAGGUGAAAGUUACAGUCAAAAAUGUGCAGUUUUUGAAACAGGUGCAAGACAUCCUUUUGCCCAAGCUGUUGGUCGUAAUAUUGCUAACCCAACUGCAAUGCUUUUGUCAUCUGCAAAUCUACUUGAGCACUUACAUCUCGGAAACUAUGCAAAACAAGUUUCCAACGCUGUCGCAGAUGUUGUCAACAAAGGAAAAGCGCGAACCGCUGAUCUUGGUGGAUAUGCCACAACCACAGAUUUCACUCACGCAGUGAUAAACCAAAUACACAAAGGAUGAAGAUUCGCAAGCGUACACCAUACAGCACUUUCACUUAUUUUGUUUUCUGUGUGCUUUUUUCUGAUUUCUUUCGUAAUGCUCAGGAAUGGAAAACCUUUAUACUAUUCUACCCUGUUAAUUUGGUUUAAAAUCACUGUAGUUAAAUUAUGAAGGAGGAAAUGGAAUACUGGAAUUUUUCACGCCGUGGUUUAUCAUGAUUUGGCAAACAUGGUGUUGGCCAAUAGGGGACAGUUAGUAAUUAAGUUAAUAAUUAAGUUGAUAAUUAAAUGCGGUAAUUCAGUUCCUGUUAGAUUGUUAACCUCUGUUAGCCAACCCUGAAUCACUGAUUUAUAUUGUAUGGAUAAUUGAAAAACAGCUCAUGAUAGUUUACCCAUACAUACCUAUUGCUUAAAUGUUUUGUUAUCCAAGAGUAUUCACUACUUCCAUUUAUGUUUUUUUUUGAAAAGUUUAUGCCAGCUUUUUCUGUUUACUGCUUUAUUUCGGUACCAUUAUUUUUUCAUUUUCGUACCUGGAGCUUCUUUACUCUGGCAGCAUAUUAUUUUGUUAUUAUAUUGUUAAUAAUGCCCAGCUCACGCUUGUAAGAAUAGACCAACUUUGAUCUUUUGCACCAGGCUAUAGAAUUAUAAGCAUUUUAAGUACCAAGGGUUCCAGGUAAGAAAGUUCAAAUGAUGAAAUUUAAAAAAAAGGCAUUUGAAAAUUUUGCAAAAAAUACUGCCAUUUAAGCUGACAUUCAAAAUUGUUGUCCAUGUUUUGAAUUUUGGCCAAGUAGUAUUAAUAGAUACGAAUUCUUUCCCAAGUUGCAAUUUGCAUGAGAAUUGGCCACAUUGUGACGAAGUGGUUUUGCUAAGAUAAUCAAUAACUCUUUUAAAGCCAAGUUUAGCAUAAAAAUUUCCACAGACUAAUUAUUUUUCUGUGUUGCUGUUCUACACAGCGUCGAGUUUUGCUUUCUAUAAUAAUGGAUAAUUAAUCAUGUUAGUUUUCUUUUCGUACCUGGAGCUUCUUUACUCUAGCAGCAUAUUAUUUUGUUAUUAUAUUGUUAAUAAUGCCCAGCUUACGCUUUUUUUACAUCAAGUAUAGACCAACUUAGAUUUUUUGUGCCAGGGUUAUAAGCAAUUUAGUACCAAGGGUUCCAGGUAAGAAAGUUCAAAUGAUGAAAUUUAAAAAAAAAGGCAUUGAAAAUUUUGCAAAAAAAUACUGCCAUUUAAGCUGACAUUCAAAAUUGUUUUCCAUGUUUCGUGACGAUGUGGUUUUGCUAAGGUAAUCAAUAACACUCUUGAAGCCAAGUUUAGCAUAAAAAUUUCCACAGACUAAUUAUUUUUCUGUGUUGCUAUUCUAUACAGCUUCGAGUUUUGCUUUCUAUGUAAUAGAUAAUUAAUCAUUUUAGUUUCUUUCACUAAUAUUUUAUUCCACACAAAGUUCAUCCAUGUGAAACUGUAGGCAAUGGUUCUGAAAUGGUGGCCCCUUUUUAGAAUGUGUCAAGUCUUGCGCCCUACCUCAAAAAUAACUAGCUAACAAUAUGCUACAAAUAACAGAUAGUAAAGCGAAAGUAUGUUUUAUACAAAAAACACAUUGAAAAUAUGUGAAUGGAUAGAAAUAUCCAAAAUAAAGGAAUGUGAAUAUCCUGAAUGAGGCGGGUAAAAUCUAACAAAUAUUUUCAUUUUUAAUUAGCUCGACACCCAUCAAAAAAUUGUCUAGACCCCCCCCUCCCCCACGUGGCAGGCACCCCGUGGUUUGAUAACCACUGCUGUAGGCAAUAAACUGUAGCGCAAUUUCCAAUCAGUCUGGUUGAGUCUUGCUACAUUUUUUUUCAUGUUUUUGUAAUUCUAUUUAUUAAUGCAGAUAGAAGUUCAAAUGUUAAUUUAAGAGUGCUAUUCUAUAUAUGAAAAUCACUUCCGAUUGGGUUCUUCAUCAAAGUUGAAUUAAAUUUGGGAUAAUCUUACUUAAAUGUAUUGAAUGGUAUUAAUAUUUCAACUCAAGUUUUUUUUUUAAAUUUCCACAGAUUUGCUGUUUUUCCAGUAUUGCUGUAAUGCAAGGCUCAAGUAAUGAAAAUAAUCAUUGAAUUUCUUUCGAUGUUUCAUUUUAUUCUCCAUUUUACACAAGUUCAUCUAAGGGAAACUGUAAACAAAUAACUAGCUCAAUUUCAAAUCAUCCUGGAUUCAUCUUGCUACCUUUUUCAUUCAUGUUUUUGUAAUUCUAUUUAUUAAUGCAGACAGAAUUUCAAAUGCUAAUUUACGAGUGCUGUUCUAUAUAAUGAUAAUCACUUUCUUUUUCAUUGUUCCACUGCUUUUUUUGUUCUAUCUUUUUUUUUUCAAAUUUGCAGCUCACCACUUAUACUGUAAUUUAAAUUUCUUUUCUCUCUGUGCCUGUUAUUGCA